UUGACGUUUGUAAGCUUCAAAAUUGAAAAAUCGACACUGAUGAGCUCCGUUGACUGCAAAAUAGUUUACUUGUAUUCUUUUGAAUUCUGCUGAAAAUUAUAUAAAAAAGGGUGAUAUUCGUUUCAACAUCAAAACAAUGUCGGCAUCAAAAAAGAGAAAAUCAAAUUCUGAUAAUCUAGUGUCGGACAAACGCGUCAAGCUGUUAAAAACGGCCGAUCUAAAAAACGAGGAAGAACAGGACCAAAAGCACAAAGUGGCUCUACCGGCCGCAAAUAUGAUGAAUAGAUCUAAGCAGUGUCCCUACUUGGAUACCAUCAAUCGCCACUUGCUGGAUUUCGACUUCGAAAAGCUCUGUUCGGUUUCGUUGACUAGAAUAAACGUUUACGCGUGCCUAGUAUGUGGAAAAUAUUUCCAAGGUAGAGGAACCAAUACACAUGCCUACACGCAUUCGGUUGCAGAAUCGCAUCAUGUGUAUUUAAAUUUAUCGACAUUGAAAUUCUACUGCUUACCGGAUAACUACGAGAUUAUCGAUUCCUCACUCGAUGAUAUUAAACAUGUUUUGACACCGGUGUUUACGCUGAAAGAUAUCCGCAAUCUGGACAGAGAGGAUCAGAAAAUGUCCAGAACGGUGGACGGUACACUUUAUUCACCUGGUAUAGUCGGAAUGAAUAACAUCAAAGCGAACGAUUAUUGUAACGUUAUUUUGCAAUCAUUAUCCCAUGUGAAGCCUAUUCGCGAUUUCUUCCUCAUUGAAAAUAACUAUGCCAACAUCAAGCGUCCCCCAGGGGACACGGCAUUUACGCUGGUUCAGCGCUUUGGAGAAUUGUUGAGAAAGCUCUGGAAUCCACGUAACUUUAAAUCGCAUGUUUCGCCUCAUGAAAUGCUUCAAGCGGUUGUACUAUGGAGCAGUAAAAAGUUUCAAAUUACCGAGCAGGGUGAUCCAAUUGAGUUCCUUUCGUGGUUUCUGCACAGUCUUCAUAAACAGCUACGAGGAAAUCGGCAGCCUAAUUCCUCCGUGAUCAAUCGGACAUUUUUGGGUGAGAUGAAGAUUUAUACCCGAAAGCUUCCGCCGACAGAGUUGGAUGACGUUCAGAAGCAACUGCUGUUGGCGACGGACGAAUACCAGGAGAAGGAAGAAACGUCGACCUUCCUGUAUUUGACAUGCGAUUUGCCUGCCACACCAUUGUUUAUAGACGAGUUCAGGGAGAACAUCAUUCCGCAAGUCAAUCUGUAUCAGUUGCUGGCGAAGUUCAAUGCGGUGUCGGAAAAGGAGUACAAAACGUACAAAGAAAAUUUUUUAAAACGGUUUGAGAUCACAAGACUGCCGAAGUUCGUCAUUCUGUACAUAAAGCGGUUUACGAAGAAUACCUUCUUUCUGGAAAAGAAUCCAACCAUCGUAAACUUUCCUGUCAAGAAUAUCGAUUUCGGUGACAUUCUAACCGAGGAAAACAAAAGGCUUCACAAGCACACCAAGUAUAAUCUGGUGGCGAACAUCGUACACGACGGCGAACCAAAGUCCGGCACCUAUCGAUGUCAUAUUCUUCAGAAAAACACUAAUCAAUGGUACGAAAUGCAGGACCUUCAUGUAACCAGUAUCCUGCCGCAAAUGAUCACCCUGACUGAGGCGUAUAUUCAGAUCUACGAGCAGCAGGAAGAGGAUAACGCAGCGGAGGGUUGACCAUGCGGUGGUCGACGGUAGGUAAUUUAACUUGAGAAUAUUUGACUUAAUUUUCUGUUCUUUCCGUGUUCACUUGGUGAAUCCUUGCGUUAGAGUUAGUUUCAUCAGAUAAUAUAGGCAAAGAGCUGUUUUCUUUUUCAGCCGAGA